AUGGGCUUUAAUAAACUGAUUAGCCGAAAUAGAUUUUCACCUUUAUAAACCUACACAGAAAAAACCCUAGUUGUUCGUUGCCUCUCUCCUGGCUGUCUCACAUCUUCUCUCUCCGCCGGUAAAGGUUUAAAGGCAUUUGAAGAAGUAGUUGAUUCAAAACCCAAUAUGCAGAACGAGGAAGGAGUUAUAACUGAGCUUUAUAUUCCCAGAAAAUGCUCUGCUACUAACAGGCUGAUAACUUCGAAGGACCAUGCUUCAGUCCAGAUUAACGUUGGACAUCUGGAUGAGAAUGGUGUCUACACCGGCCAGUUCUCUACCUUCGCUCUUUGCGGUUUUGUCCGUGCUCAGCGUUUUGAAGUUUGGUGGCCUGUCUUUUAUUGGAAAGCAAGAUCUGUGUAUAAGUGCCUGAAUGUUUCCGGGAGAUGCUGAUAGUGCACUAGACCGACUAUGGCAGAAGAAGAAAGCAGAAGUUCGACAACAGUAGAAACUCCUCUAGGGUUGGAGUCAUCCGAAUCAGUGAUUUCUUUUCUUUUUUUUUUUUUUUUUUUGGGCGUUUCAUGAGAACUGUCUUUAAUUGGCAAGCUUGUUUUUUUGGUUACGGUUUCAAUUCACCUCCUUGUUAACUCUAUUUAAAUUCUUAUACAAUGUGACUUAUGUUUUAUUUAAUGUUUUUUCGUUCUUGA